GUUCUUUUAUUCUUAAUUUCUACAGACCAAGAAAAUGAUGGUUAAAUAUACUUUUGUAGCCCAACUGCAGAGAUUACACAUUGAUAUUGAGAAUCUCCGGGAGGAGAAGGACAGUGAAAUCACAAGCACUAGAGAUGAAUUGCUUAGUGCCCGAGAUGAAAUUUUGCUCCUUCACCAAGCAGCAGAAAAGGCUGCCUCUGAGCGAGACACUGACAUUGCUUCUUUACAAGAAGAGCUUAAGAAAGUGAGAGCUGAGCUUGAGCGGUGGCGGAAAGCAGCAUCUGAAUAUGAGAAGGAAAUCACAGGUCUGCAAAAUAGUUUUCAGCUUCGAUGUCAACAGUGUGAGGACCAGCAGAGAGAGGAAGCAACAAGGUUGCAAGGUGAACUAGAGAAGUUGAGAAAGGAAUGGAAUGUAUUGGAAACUGAAUGCCAUUCUCUAAAAAAGGAAAAUGUUUUGCUAUCAUCAGAACUGCAGCGGCAAGAAAAAGAAUUGCACAAGUAUGCAAGAACUCUCUCUGUUUUAGCUUUAAAAUAUUUAUCUUAA